UCUCUCUUUUCUGUAAUCGUCAUCUUGACUCCUCUCUUUGAUACUCGCAAAACUCAGUCAUAUUGAGUCAUAUCAACCGGGAGAAACGCAGAGAAACAGCUGGAUCACAAGCUCCAUCAAUUUAAGAGUAUGACUCCAUUAACACCCGAAGAAAAACAUCAUCUCAUAACGAGAAAUUUAGCUGAGUGGCUUGGUGAUGAAAAACUCAAGACAAUAUUAAAAGAAAGAGAUUUAAAAUUAUACUGGGGUACAGCAACAACUGGUAAACCUCAUAUUGGUUAUUUCACACCAAUAUCUAAAAUUGCUGAUUUUUUAAAAGCUGGAGUUGAAGUUACAAUAUUAUUUGCUGAUUUACAUGCAUAUUUGGACAACAUGAAAGCACCCUGGGAAUUAUUAGCACUCAGAGUUGAAUAUUAUGAAGCUGUUAUUAAAGCUAUGCUUAAAUCAAUUGGUGUACCACUUGAUAAAUUAAAAUUUGUCAAGGGUACUGAUUAUCAAUUAUCAAAAGAGUACACUUUGGAUAUGUAUCGUUUAAGUUCAACAGUAACUGAGCAUGAUGCUAAAAAAGCUGGCUCUGAAGUUAUUAAACAAGUUGCAAGUCCAUUUUUAUCUGGUUUAUUAUAUCCAGGUCUUCAAGCACUUGAUGAACAAUAUUUAGGUGUUGAUGCACAAUUUGGUGGUGUUGAUCAAAGAAAAAUAUUUACAUUUUCUGAAAAAUAUCUUCCAGCUCUUGGUUAUGAAAAAAGAAUACAUUUUAUGAAUCCAAUGAUACCUGGUUUAGCUGGUGCUAAAAUGUCAUCAUCAGAAGAAGAUUCGAAAAUUGAUUUACUUGAUAAUGCAUCAGCUGUUAAAAAAAAGUUGAAAAAAGCAUUUUGUGAACCUGGUAAUAUUGUUGAUAAUGGAAUAUUAGCAUUUUCAAAACAUGUUAUAUUUCCAUUGAUGAAAGAAGGUGAUCAAUAUCUUGUACCAAGACCAGAUGAUUUUGGUGGUGAUAUUUUAUUUGAUACAUAUGAAGAACUUGAAGCAGCAUUUGCUAAAGAAGUCAUUCAUCCAGGUGAUCUUAAAGGUGCUGUUGAAAUUUACAUCAAUAAAUUAUUGGAUCCAAUACGUAAGGUAUUUGAGAGUGAUCCAAAAUUAAAGACUCUCAGUAACAAAGCAUAUCCACCACCACAAAAAGAAAAAAAACAACCAAAUCCCAAAAAUGCUCCAGCUAAUCAAAAUACUGAAAUUGAACCAUCUAGACUUGAUAUAAGAGUUGGAAAAAUUGUUGAAGUAUCAAAACAUCCUGAUGCUGAUUCAUUGUAUAUUGAAAAAAUUGAUCUUGGUGAGGAAAAUGGUCCAAGAACAAUUGUCAGUGGUCUAGUUAAUUUUGUACCAAUUGAUGAAAUGAAAGACAGAAUGGUUGUUGUAUUGGCUAAUUUAAAACCAGCAAAUCUUCGUGGUGUUUCAUCACAUGGAAUGGUUCUUUGUGCCUCAGUUGAUGGAGAAGAACGUAAAGUUGAACCAAUUCGUCCACCAACUGAUUCUCAACCUGGUGAAAAAGUACUUGUUGAAGGUUAUGAAACUGGAAAUGCAGAUGAAGUUUUAAAUCCAAAGAAAAAAGUAUGGGAAAAACUUGCUGUUGAUCUUGUUGUUAAUUCUAAUGGUGAAGCUUCAUGGAAUGGCAAUCUUUUAUUAACAACAUCAUCAAAAGGAAAAUUAACUGCUGACAGUUUAAAAAAUGUCCCAAUUAAAUAAUUCAAAAAUUUAAUAACAUUUUUUUAAUAAAUAAACAUCAAGAAUAAAUUAUCUUCAAUAAAAACUACUUUUUUCUUUU